AUGGAGAAGGAACACUAUAAUGUCGACGAGUCGCCUGACUAUAAUGGUAACAAUGCGCGCGCGCAAUAUGUCGAUCCUGCUACCGGUCAUGCAACUAAAACAGCAGGUUUGCAAGAAGCCGGUGAGAUUUAUGGAAAUAUCGAAACGGCUGAGGAAUAUGGUUAUGUUUCUCGAGGAUUGAAAUCGAGACAUAUUCAAUUUAUUGCCCUCGGUGGUACCAUUGGUACGGGCCUCUUCUUGGGUAUUGGAAGUGCUCUCACGCAAGCUGGUCCUCUGUCUAUUCUCUUGGGUUACAGUUUUACUGGUAUUGCUAUCUUUGCUAUGAUGCAGUGUUUGGGUGAGAUGGCUACGUGGUUACCUUUGCCUGGAGCUAUUCCACAAUUUUGUGCUCGGUAUGCUGAUGAUGCGCUUGGAUUUGCGGUCGGAUGGAAUAACUGGUAUUCCGCUGCAAUUACCCUCUGUGCCGAAAUCUCAGCCGCUUCGGUCGUUAUCCAAUACUGGCCCGGAGCAGUGCAUAUCAAUGUCGCCGCCUGGAUCAGUAUAAUAAUCGUUCUCGUCAUCUGUCUCAACAUCUUCGCCGUUUCCAUCUACGGGGAAGCCGAAUUCUUAUUCGCCAGUAUCAAAAUCAUUACAAUCGUGGGACUGUUGAUCAUGGCCUUCAUUGUAGAUCUCGGAGGAAAUCCCAAGCAUGAUCGUUUGGGAUUUCGUUACUGGAAGCAUGGUCAAGCAAUGAAGGAAUAUGACUCUACGGGAAACACAGGUCGAUUCCUGGGUCUCUUCUCAACUCUGGUCAAUGCUGCCUUUUCGUAUGGUGGUGUUGAAUUGGUUGCUGUAGCGGCCGGUGAAGCCGAGAAUCCACGCAAAAACAUCCCCAAGGCAGUGCGCAGAGUUUUCUGGCGUAUCUUGUUCUUCUAUGUUCUUGGUUCAUUGGCAAUUGGAGUCCUUGUUUCCUCCAGCGAUAAACAUUUGCUCAAGGCUCAAGAAGAAGGUGCUGCUGGUGCUGCUCGAUCUCCAUGGGUUAUUGGUAUUCAAAAUGCCGGUAUUCCAGUUUUGCCAUCCAUCAUCAACGCAGUCAUUUUAACUUCCGCAACUUCCUCCGCUAAUGCCUUCUUGUAUACCGGAUCUCGUUACUUAUUCGCUCUGGCUCAAAACAAACAAGCUCCCAAGUUUCUUCUCCGAUGCAGUAAAGCCGGUGUUCCAUACUGGGCUGUCCUUUGCACAGCAUCGAUAUCCCUCAUCACCUAUUUAUCCGUUGGUUCAGGUGGAGCAUCAGCCGCAUUCGCAUGGUUCCAAAAUCUAACCACCAUCGCAUCUCUUUUCACAUGGUGCUCCAUUUGCGUGGCCUAUAUUCAAUUCUACAAAGCAUUGGAAGCUCAAGGCGUCGAUAGAAAUACCCUCGUCUUCAAGAGUAAAUUCCAACCAUACACCGCAUACAUCUCAUUAGGAUUCUUCAUCGUCAUCAUUCUCUUCAAUGGAUUUGACGUCUUCGUUGGUGAAAACCACUCUCACUGGAAUAUUACCAAUUUCCUAACCGCCUACAUCGGAAUCCCCAUCUUCUUCCUCCUCUACAGCUUCUGGAAACUCGUCAAACGCACAAAAUGGAUCUCACCCGCCGACGCAGACAUCUAUACUGGAAAAGCCGCCCUGGAUGCCGAAGAUGGACAAUGGCCCGAUUUAACCCCGAGAAAUAUUUGGGAGAGAAUUUGGUUCUGGAUUGCGUAG